AAAAAAAACAACCUUUUCCUGAUAAGUGUUUGCCGAUUUUGGAUUUAGCAUCGCACUGCUAAUUAGUACGAAUAAGUCACAGGAAACGCGACUCGCUUUCACGCACGGCUAGAGUCUCAAACCGAAGCUUUUUAUCUAUACCCCUGCGAUUUUAAAUUCAUUCAAUCAAAACAGAACUCGAAUUGUCCAGUAUGUCCGUGACCAGUGUCCGCUUGCCUGCAUCAAAGACGGCCAAAAAGGCCAUUAUCUUUCUCCAUGGGCUCGGCGACUCGGGCCAGGGCUGGUCGUGGUUUCCUCAGGUGAUGAAACAGACGGGGCUUUUGAAGUCGCAGGAUGAGGUGAACUUUGUGUUUCCGAACGCACCGGAAAUCCCAAUCUCAGUCAACAAUGGAUACAGGAUGCCCGGCUGGUUUGACAUCUACCAGUUUGGUGGGUCUUCGCCCAAACAAGAUAGAGAAGGGUUUCUCAAGUCAUGCGACGUGGUGAAGGCUUUGAUUCAGGAGCAGAUGGACACGUUCAGCAUUGCGCCGGAAAACAUCAUCAUCGGUGGCUUUUCGCAAGGCUCCGCGCUCUCGAUGGCUGCGUUGGCUUUGCUCGACAUCAAGAUUGGAGGCGUGGUGGCUCUCUCUGGAUUUUGUCCCAUUCCCGAGGCCAUCAAGGAACUUCACAACAAAAACGGCGUCAAUUUCGAAACCCCGGUGUUCCAGGGCCACGGGGACGAGGACCCCAUCAUUGGCCACUCGGUGGGGCAGGAUGCUAGCAAGUUCUACCAGGACUUGGGGUUCAAGAACUGGACGUUCAACACUUACCGAGGUGUGGCGCACAGCACGAACGAGCAGGAGUUGGUGGACGCCAUCAAGUUCAUCUCGCUGGUUCUCGACAAGUAGAUAGUGUAUAGAAACAUGCCAGGAUGGUUUUGGGCUAGCGCAGGUUUUAUGCGUAUUCAUAAGCUUCUUUGCAUCAAUCUUGUAGGUCAGGUGGGAUGGGCCGAGCCGUGGCAUGUACGUUGCAUGCGGGUCUAGUCCUGUCGGGUCGACUAUGAUUUGCUAAGCCAACUAUGCAUUUGCUGAGCCAACUAUGCAUUUGCUGAGCCGACUGCAAAUUUGCCGACUGAGUAUACCGUUGCUGACUUCAUCGAAAGUUUGCCAACUUAAUUACACUUUUGCCUGGACUAUACAACCGACUCAAUUAAAGAGUUGUCAACUUCACUGCAAUCCUGCGGAUUCUGCAUUAUACGUAA